AUGGCGCCCAAUCUGGACGUUCAAAACGGCAGCACGACAGGAGUUUCAGGCGAUGAGGCUUUGGUAGUGACGUGGGAUGGACCAGAUGAUGUCCAACACCCGCGCAACUGGACGCCCGUUCGCAAAUGGCGCAAUGUGCUCCUCAUCAGCAUCCAAGCCACUCUCUCACCCAUGGCGUCCGUCAUACUGGCCGUGGCGGGUCAGGCCGUAGCCGACGACUUUGGGCUCACAGACGAGUACACGCCAACCCUUCCCACGGCGCUCUUCGUACUUGGCUUCGGUCUUGGACCGCUCUACCUGGCACCACUGUCCGAACUCUACGGCAGGCGGGUGGUUUACCUCUCUUGUUUCGCCAUGUUCACUGUCUUCAACAUCUGCUGCGCCGUCUCGCCCAAUAUUGCCGCCCUGACCGUGUUCAGACUGUUUGCCGGCAUGGCGGGAUCGGCCGGGCCCAGCAUCGGCGGCGGCACUAUCGGCGACAUGUUCAGUCCCGAGCGCCGAGGCCGCGCCCAGGCCCUGUACAGCUUCGGCCCUACUGGCGGGUCCGCCAUUGGCGGUGUCGUCGGCGGUUUUAUCUUGCGCGGCAUGGGAAGCUGGCGAUGGCUCGCGUGGAUCAUGGCCAUCGCUUCUGGUGUCACGAGCCUAGUCUCUGUCUUCUUCCUGCACGAGACAUACGCCCCCUUCCUCCUCCGAAAGAAGGCCGCAGCUCUAAGCAAGUCGGGCGUCCCUUGUACUGUGCAGGCGGCGGGGUCAGAUCGUGCUGGUUCCGACUUGACCAUCGUUCUGCGCACCAUGACUCGCGCCGGCAUGAUGCUCUUCACUUCACCCGUUUGCACGGCCAUGAGCCUGUACAUGGCGGUCAUAUACGGGAUCUUGUACCUGCACAUGGUGACGCUCCCCCUGCUCUUCUCAGCAGAACCUCUCUACGGCCUACCGUCAUAUCACUGGCCUGAAGCCCUCACGGGCCUCUCGUACCUCGGCGUCGGACUGGGUUCUGUCGCAGGCACCCUCCUAAGCGCAGCCUUGGUCAACCGCACUUACGCCUUUAUGAAGGCGAGAGCCAGGACAUCAUCACGAGACGCCGCCGGCGAGGCACAGCCCUAUAACACCAAAAACAUAGAUGACGACAAAACCCCCGAGUACCGAAUGCCCUUCAUGCAACUCGGCGCACUCAUCGUUCCCGCCGGCCUGCUCAUCUUCGCCCUCACGGCCGGAAAGGUUGGAAAGGAAGACACAGGAGUGCACUGGAUCGUUCCCCUCAUCGGCGCCGCCGUCUUCUCGACAGGGAUGCUGAUGACGUACAUCAGCGUGACGACGUACAUGGUUGACUCGUUUGAGACGUACGCGGCCAGCGCCCUGGCGGCGGUGACUGUCAGCCGCAGCGUGUUGGGGUGUAUCUUUGCUUUUGUGGGGAACGGGCUGUAUAGGAGGCUGGGGUAUGAGUGGGGGACGUUGUUACUGUUCUUUUUGUGUGUGGUGAUUACCCCGUUGCCUACGGUGUUUUAUUAUUGGGGACCGAGGUUGAGGAGGGUUGGGCCGUUUGCUAACAAAGUUGAGUGA